UGUCCUCCAGACAGCCCCUAUUUUGAGCUGCUGCCGAUGCGGAAAGUGGCCAAGAGCGGGCUGCUGGCCAGCGCCGAGGCCUCCCGAGACAAGAUCGCCCCGGGCAUGGAAGUGUCCUAUGUGGUGCGCUUCAAGCCAGACGCCAGGAUAGAUUAUAGCUACGACCUUCGAGUCGUGACAGAGAGAGAAGAGUUCAGUGUGCCGAUCCGCGCAUCUGGUGGCUCCGCGCUACUGGACUUUCCGGAUGUCGUGGACUUCGGGAAUGAUUGCACGGUGGGUUACCAGUGCGAGCGUACUGUGCUGGUGCGCAACGUGGGCGACCGAGCGAGCAAACUCCUGUGUCGGACCACUGAGCCCUUUAGCAUCGACGUGCCGGAUGGCUUCCUGGAAGAAGGCGCCUCCUGCCAGGUCUCGGUGUUCUUCACGCCCCCGCGGGCGGAGCGCUACGAGGUCCCGCUGGAGAUCAAGUACGGCGAGAUGGAGUGCACCGCCAUGCUGCGGGGCGGAGCCUGCAAUGCAGAGGUUUCACUGUCUCACAGCUUGCUCCUCAUUGAGGACACCUACGUGGGUUUGGAGUCCCAGGGCGUCGUGACGAUCCGCAAUGAUUCGGAGGUGCCUAUCGACUUCAGUUGGCGGCUCUUUUCCUCGACGGUGGAGGAGGCUCAGCAUAGGCUGGCCUUGCAUCGACAGCUGAAGACGGAAGAGAUGGAUGAGUUGCUUUAUAUGCAGCAAGCGAACUUCUCAGAGGACGAGGAGAGCGACAGCGGCUCGGACGGCGAGCGGCGGCGUGUCCGCAGGGAGCGCAAGGUGACCAAGCUGCUGGGGCGCAAAUACGACUCCAUCGUGAAGGCCGUGGAGGAGGAUCCCAUGCUCUUCCGAGACGCGAUCUUCAAGAUUGAGCCCCUCUGCGGCCGCUUAUGGCCUCAGACGCAGGUGACAUGUGCCUGCUGUUUCCUUCCCAAGGACGCUUUGGUCUAUUGUGCUACAGCCUACCUGUCGGCGGUUGGCCAAGAGGAUCGGGCACCCUUGGUCUUGAAGGGUCUGGGCAUUGGACCCAAAGCCACCUUUUCCUAUGACGAACUGGAUGUCGGGAAUGUCUUCGUGGAAAGCGCGCAUCGAUAUGAGGUGCAGCUGCUGAACCAAGGAGACAUCGAAGUGGACUUCCGCUUGGUCCAUCGGGAAGGAAAGUUUGCACCCAGGUUCAAGUUCACCCCGGAUCACGGCACCAUUGCGGUCGGUGGUCAAUGCGAGAUCGUUGUGGAUUUCAAGCCAAAGGAGCUUGGACCAUUUCAUGAGGUUUUUGAAUGGGCCCUGCAGGGCAGCGCAACAGCGGUGACGCUGGCCUUCCGCGGAACAUCGGUACGACCCAAGUUUGAAUUUGAUGUGGAUAAGAUCAACUUUGGAACCGUGAGCUUCGGAUUCCUAAACUCAAGGAUGCUGACGCUCACGAACACCUCCGAGGUGCCUUGCUACUACACACUCACUGUGAAGGGUGAUGAGGCGCCUCCCAACAACGAAUUCGAAAUUAUCCCGUCGCGUGGCACCCUACUGCCCAACUGCGCUCAGAGAAUUCAGGUGGAUUUUAUCAGCAACACGGAGAAGAAAUAUGACACCAGGCUCUCCGUGGAUCUGGAAGGUGUGGGGAAGGAAUUGUUGUCCAUCCCGAUGUUUGCACAGUGUGCCGUGCCAACGGUCUCCUUUGAGCCGCACGGCUGCCUGAACUACGGAGAUGUCUUCAUCAGGUACCCCUUUCACCAGAGCUUGUACCUGCACAACACUUCCGUGCUUCCUGCCAAGUUUAUGGUGGAGACACAGGACGAGUCCUGA